AUGCUCUCAGUAUUGGUCACCGUGGGCUUUCUCUGCACAGCCACUGCCAUUGCCGAAGUAAUGGAAGUGACUCAGCCAGCGAUGGUGCUGGCCAACAGACAAGGAGUUGCCAGCUUGGUCUGCAAAUACAAGCACAUUGGGAAUGCAAAGGAAAUUCGAGUGACUCUGCUUAAACAGACGGGCGACCAGUUCACUGAGAUUUGUGCCUCAACCUACACCACGGAGUUUAAAAUGUUCAGUGUGGAGGAGGUCAUUCAGUGCCACGUUAGCCCUAGCCGAAACAACGUGACCCUCACUCUCACAGGCCUGCAAGCUAAUGAUACUGGUCUUUAUAUCUGCAAGAUGGAGCGGAUGUACCCUCCACCUUAUUUUAUGAACACAGGAAAUGGGACCCAUCUCUAUGUUAUUGAUCCAGAACCUUGUCCGGACACUGAUAUAUAUCUCUGGGUAUUAGGAGCAACCGCCUCAGGAUUCUUUCUUUACAGCAUCAUCAUCUCAGCCGUUGUCGUGGGCAGAGCGAUACAGAGAAGACAAAGGCUCACUACUGGGGUUUAUGUGAAAAUGCCUUCUGAAAAGACAGAGAAAAAAGUGAUUCCAUUCCACAUCACCAUUAACUGA